AUGACCUUCUCGUCGCAAAUUCACACCUUCCACUCGGGCAAACCCCAACCUGACUCGUCCUCGUCCUCGUCCUCGUCCGCAUCGACCUUUGAAUCCAUCGAUCCCGCCACGGGAAGCCCGCUGGCUACCAUCUACACGACCACCCCCAAACAGCUCGACGACGCCGUCGCCGCCGCUCAAGCCGCCUUCCCCGUCUGGUCGCAGACUCCUGCGCCGAAGCGCGCCGCCGUCCUCCUGCGCGCUGCCGCCAUUCUCCGCCAGCGCAAUGACGAGCUCGCCUUGACCGAGACUCUCGACACGGGCAAGGCCUGGGCCGAGACGUCCACCGUGGAUGUCGUCACCGGCGCCGACGUCCUCGAAUACUACGCUCACUUCGUCGCCGGCGGGCUGCCCGGCCAGCAUACCCGUCUCCGCCGCGACGCCUACAUCCUGACCACCCACGAGCCCUUGGGGGUUUGCGCCGGCAUUGGCGCCUGGAACUACCCUAUUCAGAUUGCCCUGUGGAAAUCGGCCGCUUGCCUGGCAGCCGGCAACUGCAUGGUGUACAAGCCCAGCGAAGUCACGCCCCUGCACGCAAACACCCUGGCUCAAAUCUACGUCGAGGCGGGCCUACCCGCUGGCGUCUUCAACGUUGUGUAUGGCGACGGCCCUUCUGUUGGUGCGCCCUUGGUCGCCCAUCCCGGCAUUGCCAAGGUCAGCUUCACCGGCCAGGUCAGCACCGGCGCCAAGGUCGCCAGCGAAGCUGCCAAGGGCAUGAAGAGCGUCACCAUGGAGCUUGGGGGGAAAAGCCCCGUCAUCGUCUUGCCCGACGCCCAUGUUGACGAGGCGGCCGACAUCGCCAUGGCCGCAAACUUCUUCUCAACCGGCCAGGUUUGCACCAACGGAACCCGCGUCUUUGUCCCCGACACCAUGCUCGAGGCCGUCGAGGAGGCCGUGGUGCAGCGUUGCCGGCAAGGCGUCCGCAUGGGACUGCCGCGCGACGAAAGGACCAACUUUGGCCCCGUCGUCAGUGCUGCCCAGCGCGACAAGAUCAACAUGUACAUUGAGCACGGCAAGCAGGUUGACCGCGCCAAAGUCCUCUACGACGGAUCCCUUGACGCGCAAAAGGACAAGCCCACGCCCGGAGGCUUCUGGGUUCCUCCCGUCGUCUUCACAAACUGCACGGAUGGCAUGCGCGUCGUUGGCGAAGAGAUUUUCGGUCCCGUCAUGUGCAUCCUGCCCUACAAGGUACGGGGGAAAUCUCAACAAGACUGGUUGGCCGAGGUGAUUCGCCGGGCGAACGGCACGCCCAUGGGCCUGGCUGCCGGGGUGGUGUCGAGCGAUGUUGGUCUGGCCCAGGACGUGAUUCGACAGCUGGACGCAGGCAUCACUUGGAUCAACACAUGGGGUGAGUCUCCGGCGGAGAUGCCGGUUGGCGGGUGGAAGAUGAGCGGGAUUGGGUUGGAGAAUGGCCACGAGGGCAUCCAGGCCUACAUGAGGGUCAAGAGUACCUUGGUGCAGCUAGGUCAAGGGGCUUGCAGGGGAUUAUUUGCUGCCAAGCUGUAG